ACUCCGCGUGUGUUUGCUAUCUCAUUCCACUCUCCCUGCCGCCCUCGUUCGCUGCUCCCUGCAUCAAGCGUCCGGUCAAACUCGCUUGCCUCAGCUGUUUCUUGCUGGUGGUGCUGCUGUUUCUGCUGCACGCGUGACUCCCGUAGCAGGCGAGGCCGGACACGGGCAAACAGUCGCAGCAGGUCACAGAAGCGGCGGCACGAAUAAGAAGGGGGGGGGGGGGUAAGCAGCAGUAGCAGCAGUCGAAGGAGGCGCAACGGCAGUGAUUUAUAGACGCGGUCUCAGCAGAACCAGAGGCUCGACCCCGGGCCGCAUUACAAGGGGUGACUUCACCGCGUGUGUUAGGGUGCUGCGCUGUGUGUGGAUAAGUGGCACACACACGCGCGCAUCAUAACACACAUCACACGCACAGCACUCAGAGCAAACAUACACAGCACACACAACAUACGCAGCAGGCAGGCAUCAUACGGGCAGCACACAGACACAGCACACACGUGCACGUCGGACCGGGCUGCGUUGGAGCUCACACAGCUCAUCAGGCUUAGCUCAUAGGGUGCCUCUCGAGAGACGCCGCACGUGUGAAGAGCUAUGCGCAGUGUACUCGCGUCAACAGCGACUCUUCCUCGGAUCAGGCCCGUGGCCCCACACAUUCAACUUCUGCAGCGACUCGUAUUCACGUCGGCACGGGAAACGAGCUGCGCCCGUAGUUAGGCUGAAUCGACCAAACAGCAGCAGCUGCAUUGUCAUCAACAUCAUCAGCAGCAGUAUCAUUACCAUCAGCAGCAGUAUCAUACUCACAAUCGCUACAAGCAUCACUGUCAUCAUUCGCCACUAAUAUCGUCACAUCUCCGUCAUCAGCAUAACAUCAUAACAACCACCACCACGUCCUCUUCAUCACAUCACCACCACCUCCAUCAUCAGCGAUGACCGCGGCGACCCUGGAGCCCGUGAGUCUGCGCGCCUCGCUGUGCGCGCUCGGCGCCACGCUCUGCCUCUGCUGGGCACUGCGCUGGAGCGCGCGGCGCGCCCUGCCCCUCGCCCUCCUGCCCGCGGCGCUGGAGGUAACCGCCACCCUACAGCUCUGCUGCUGCGCCCUGGAGCAGCGACUGGCCGCGGAGAGCGGCGCCGCUCCGCGCUGGCUCGGCCUGGGGCUCGUGUUCGUCACCUCGGCGGCGCACGGCGCCACGGGAGCCGGCGCCACGUGCAGCCCCUGCUCGGCGCUCGAGCGCGUGCUUUUACGCACGGAAGGGCCGCGCACGGCGAUGGCGCGCGUCUUUGCGCAGGUGUGCGGCGCGGCGCUGGCACUGCGCGUCACGGGGGCGGCGUGGCGGCUCUUAGGGGGCGCCCACGCCCUCGCCGUGGGGGUCUACGUGGAGCGGUCGCCGGGGGUCGCGUGGCUCUGCCCGAGUCCGCUGCGCGCGGGGCUCCCGCUGGGCGCGGUCGUGGAGGCGCUGUGCGCGCUCGCGUUCCACGUGGCGGCGGCGCAAGCAGCCGCGCGCCUCCGGCCGACGGCGCGCUUGGCGGCCGUCUCAGCAGCGGUCACAGCCAUCGUCUACGCCGCUGGCUCCAUCACAGGCGGCGUGUUUAACCCUGUGCUGGCUGCCACGUUCACCCUGGGCUGCCCGGGUCACUCCACCCUGGACUAUGCCCUGGUCUACGGAGUCGCCCCACUCAUAGGAAUGACAGCGGCCUGCAUUGUGUGCAACGGCCAAAUUCCGCUCUUACGUGGAGGAAAACGAGAUGAGAAAACCGAUUAGGUUGCGCAACUCGGGCACACGGCAGUCGAAACGCGCACGCCAAGACCGAGCACACGUCACACGCCAGGGAGUGGUGCAGCGGGAGGACAGUGCUGUGGUGGUUAACACACUCGGCCCGCACGCCUGGAGGGUGUACAACACGGGGGCGUGGUACAGUCACCGCAGCGCGCCGUGCAGAAAAAUUACGUCAAGUUGGGGCUUUGAUUAAUUUACCAGAGCCGGUUAAGUCACCCGCUGCCCUUUAUAGACAUCGUGGACGUCCCCACUGGCAUCGUGAUCUUCCGAAGGCAGGACGGGAAACCCCCCUAUAGAAGGAAAGUCACGAUCCCAGCGUGACGCGGCUGAUGACGCCGAUGGUGCGGCGAGGUAACGCCCACCACCUCCCGUCCGGCGGCACGCGUGGGCAAUAGAGGUGAGAUCGUUUCAACAAAUCGUACGCGUUUUCCGAUUAGCCGGGUAACGUUGAACCGAAAAUAAUCUACAAUCGAUUCCUUAAUUAAUCACACAGCCCAGCGAUGUAAUUUAUCUUCCGAUGGUGAACACUAUACGGGUAACAUUUUCAGGGGGUAAAAAUGCAACAAUUCCUCAAAUUAAUGAGUAAUCUCGACGAAUGUCGGGCGAUAUCGAACGCCAGCUCACGAUGGGCUAUGCGUUUCACUUGAGCCUCACGUUUUAACCUGCGGCAUUACUUUGUACUACUGUGAGAAAGAAAAAAAAAACGGGGUCUUAUGAACCUGAGAAAGUUUCUCAGCGAGAAUCUCUCAAAAUCGUUUUAUUCCAAAAGAGAGAGAGCAAACCCACUGCUGGUGUCUGCCGAGCAGAACUCGUGACCUCUCGCCCGAUCACGCGCCCAGAGGGCCACGUCGCGCACGCGUCGGCCAGCACGGAGUUGGACAAACGUGCCGGGAUAGGACCGCAGAGCUUGGGUAACUGUCGGCGCCGUCCCUGGCUGCCCUUCCAGCUUGUCUGUGGUUUCCCGUGCUUCCGGAAGGUCCUCUCUCUCCCAGCGACAGCGAGCGAGCGAGCGGGUACGGCGCGCAUUACAAAUUAUGAGGAUUGUUUUUAUUUAUUUACUCCUCUGUCACGCGAACUGAAGCCGUGCGGCGAAAUCGCUUCGCGCUUUGCUUCGCAUGGGCGUGCGACAUCUCGCGCGCAAUCCACACCGUGACCGCGUCAAACGCUCGGUCGUGCACAGCUGCCCUGGAACGUUCAGUGCGAUGCACCAAUUCAUCUCGAUUAUUGCAAACGCACACAAUACUUGCAUAAAAUCUGUGCGCAUAAGAUUCCAAGGGGUUAAUUGCGACCGCUGCCACCACGAUAGGCUGCGACACAGCCACGGCUAUUUAAAGCCGACACUAUUUUUGUUAUUUUACCAGGUAAAGCCCCACUGAGCUGUAUAGCUCUUUUUUUGAUUCAAAGCUUUCGUGACUGCAGUAAUUCAUAUUCUUAGCUCUUUCGGUAAAGUCACGUUG